GCCCUCAAAUUUACAGCAAGAUCCUGCUGCCUCAGCCUCCCCAGUGCUGGGUCCUCAGGCCGUUGCCACCAUGGUAUGCUGCUCAUCUUUGUCGCCCCAUUGUGGCUUCAGCAGGAAGCCUCCAGAGGCUCUUGCCUCAAGUCCUAACUGGCUUACUCAGCUCUGUCUAAGUGACAAGGAGCCCGGGCCUGGCCAUCACGAUAUUGUUGAACUCUUCCAAUAGCAUGCAUGUCCCGGUUCCCCGAUGACUGCGCAGUCCCCAAGUGGUAACUUUCAAUGGAAAGGUGGCCAGGGCAAAGAAUGACUAGAUAGUCAUCUCCCUGGGUGUAGGGACCCAUGGCAGUGUUUGAACAGACCAAACUGAGCUGAAGGAGACGUGCUCUUGGGUGGAAAGGGAUGCUUCCUUGGUAGUUUUCAGCUCUCCUAUUCCAGGGCCCCAUGAGGGAGCAGGACAGAGGUCAGUGGCCAGAAGAGAUCUCCUCUUUGAGAGAAGCUGGACUAAGAGAGUCUGAUGUGGAUGGUUAUGGGACUUGCUUCUGGGAACUAGGGAGGAUAUUUGUGACCCUGUCUUGUGUCCCAUGUCCUUUCUCUCCAAUAGGCCCCCUGCCUCACACCCUGGCUAUGUGUAGUUCGGAGGAGGCAGACCUGCUUCGGCUGGAGGAGGUCUUCUCAACUACCCUUGCCCGCACCAACAGUCUCAUUCUCCAGCCGCUGCUCUUAGCUGACCCCGAACCCUCAGACCCCUGUGGCAGAGAGUGCCUUCGACUUCUGCAGCAGCUGCAUGAAAGUACCCAGCGGUUAUGGGAGGUGACGGAACAAAGCCUGCAUUCGCUGCGGCAGAGGCUGUACCACCCACCUUCCAUGGGUCUGGAGGCCCUGCUGUUGCUGAAGAACGCUGACCAUGUCCUACAGGCCCACGUGGAGUACAUCAAGUCCUAUACCGACUGUGUGGUGAUGCAGGCCUUUCAGAAGGUUUCAAAGAGGAGGAGCGACUACUGGAGGAGCCAGCGGAAGACCCUGCGGCAGCUGCUGUCCUGGGCCAGCUCUGAGGGCUCGAUGGGCACCAUGCUGUGCCAGGCCCUCAGCCAGCCACUCACCCAGCACGUGCAGAAAUAUGUGAUCCUCCUACUGAGCCUCAGGGACACCCUUGACGAGCACCACCCAGCCCAGGAGCGGGUGAUGCAUGCAGUCACUCUGUUUGGGAACCUGGAGUCCUUCAUGAGGCAGGCCCUGGACCAGGCUGUGACCACACAGGCCCUGUGGCAUAGUCUCAGCAGUCGGGUGAGGGACGUGCUGUGUACCCCUGCCCACCGACUCCUACAGGACAGCCAGGACAUCCCUGUGGUGGUCACCCCACUACGGGCUGAACGUGUGCUGCUCUUUGAUGAUGCCCUUGUUCUGCUACAGGGCCACAAUAGCCACACUUUUGACCUGAAGUUGGUGUGGGUAGAUCCUGGCCAAGACAAGUGUGUGCUUCACAUCCUCACACCCGAAGAAGAGUUCUCCCUUUGCACCAGAGACCCCCAGGGCCAGGUUGUCUGGCGGUGGAAAGUGACCCAUGCUGUGUGCCAGGCCCUACGUGGCAAGAAGGACUUCCCUGUGCUGGGGUCAGGCCCAGAGUCAGCUGUACCCCCCGACUGCCGCUGUGUGGCCUAUACUUUCCGCAGCGAGGGCCGGCUUUACCAGGCUACCUAUGAGGGUGAUUGGUGUCGGGCCAAGCCCCAUGGCAAGGGAACCCUGAAGUGGCCAGAUGGGCGAAACCACGUGGGGGAUUUCUGCCAGGGCCUGGAGCAUGGCUUUGGCAUCUGCCUGGUGCCCCAGGCCUCUGAGGACAAGUUUGACUGUUACAAGUGCCACUGGAGGGAAGGCAGCAUGUGUGGCUAUGGCAUCUGUGAGUAUGGCACUGACGAGGUGUACAAGGGCUAUUUUCAGGCUGGCCUUCGGCAUGGAUUUGGUGUCCUUGAUAGUACCCUGCAGGCCUCCCAGGCCUUCAGGUACACGGGCCACUGGGAGAGAGGCCAGAGGAGUGGCUAUGGCAUUGAGGACAACAACGAGAGGGGUGAGCGCUACAUUGGCAUGUGGCAGGCUGACCAGCAUCAUGGCCCUGGGGUUGUGGUCACCCAGGCAGGCGUCUGCUAUCAAGGCACAUUCCAAGGGGACAAGAUGGCCGGCCCAGGCAUCCUGCUGUGUGAAGAUGACUCUCUGUACGAGGGUACUUUCACCAGGAACCUGACGCUCCUAGGGAAGGGCAAGGUCACCUUCCCCAAUGGUUUCACCUUGGAUGGUUCCUUCAGCGGUGGGACAGAUAAAGGACUGUACACACAGGGAGUGCUGGACACAGCCGCUCUCCCGCCCAACCCAAGCAGCACACGCAAGAGACAGCUGGGGCUGGGUGCCUUCCCUGUGGAGAGCCGCUGGCAAGGAGUCUACAGACCCUUCCAGGACUUCGUGCAUUCAGGCUGUCCUGGGGAACUGCAGGAAGCCCUGCUGGGCUUCCACGUGCAGAGCUCCAGGGAGCUCCGUGAACCCCAGGAGUACCUGUGCUGUGACAGGAGCCACCCCAAGGACUGUGCGGGCAGCAUGGAAGAUAUCCUGAAGGAGCUGCUGCAGCACCGCGAGCCCCAGGCCCUGCAGCAGUACCUCAGGAAGGCUCUGAACAAUCCCCGACACCCGCUGGGGAAGUUACUCCGUACCCUGAUGCUGACCUUCCAGGCUACAUAUUCAGGCAUAGGAGCCAACAAACACCUACAGGGGAUGGCCCAGGAGGAGGUGAAGCAGCAUGCCCAGGAGCUUUGGGCUGCCUACAGAGGUCUGCUGAAGGUUGCCUUACAGCGCCAGGGCCAUACCCUGCAGGAGGAGGACGUGGAGACAAGGGACUUGCAGGUGCAUGGUCUGUUGCUGCCCCUCAUCUUGCCCAGCUUCUACUCAGAACUCUUCACACUCUACCUGCUUCUUCAUGAGAGAGAGGACGGCUUGUACAGCCAGGGUAUCACCAACCUCAGCCUGUUUCCCGACACAAAGCUGCUGGAGUUCCUGGAUGUGCAGAAGCACCUGUGGCCCCUCAAGGACCUCUGGCUGACUAGCAAUCAGAGAUAUUCUCUUGUCCGGGACAAGUGUUUCCUGUCAGCCACGGAGUGUCUGCAGAAGAUCAUCACCACAGUGGACCCUCGCGAGAAGCUGGAGGUGCUGGAGAAGACCUAUGGGGAAAUUGAGGCCACGGUGUCGCGGGUGCUGGGCCGGGAAUACAAACUCCCCAUGGAUGACCUCCUGCCUCUGCUCAUCUAUGUGGUGUCACGAGCCCGAAUUCAGCAUCUGGGAGCUGAAAUCCACCUGAUCCGUGACAUGAUGGACCCCAUCCACACAGGGGGCCUCCAUGACUUCCUGCUCACAGCCUUGGAGUCCUGUUACGAGCACAUCCAGAAGGAAGACGUGCGGCUGCACCACCUGCCUGGCCACUGGAACUCUAGGGAUCUCUGGUGACAUGGCCACUCUGGGUCAAGUGCAAAGCUAGGGGCCACAUGGCUGCUGUGGACUUUGGUGGAGCAAGCACUACCCACCUGCCUCCCAUUGCCUGGGUCGAGGCAGGCUGUAGAGAUGGUGUUUUGCUUCCUACAGGGACACACUCAACUGCUGCAGUAUGACCCCAUAGCUGAUAGCUCUCUGUUGGCCUCUGGUCUGGGCUUUGAUCAUCUUGUCCCUGGAUGUAGCACCAUCAUGGGUGAGAGCCCCAGCUUCACCCUGCCUCCGCCCUUGCUCAGUAGCUGUCAGUCUCCGGACUGCGUGCCUGUGAUGGUGGAGAUGAUUCCAGCAUUCUGCCAGGCCAGUUCAUUGAGCGCUGCAGCCAUUCCCCAAGGUCUGGCUUCAUCCCGUUCUUUGGACUGAAAUGGAAAUUCUCACGUUACUGUUCAUCUCAUUUCUGUUUCUCUGCUCCUGGCUAGAAGGUCCCAAGCAGCAGAAGGCUGUCUGUUCGUUCCUUUUCCCAUGAGUUCCCAGGGCCGGGGGACCUGCCUCCUCCUCUGCUGGGCUUCAGGCUUCAGCUGGCCUCACAGGAGGACCCUGUGGCAGGAACACCUCAGCUCUGUGACAAGCUGCCCAGUUGCCUCUGGCAGGCCCUGCUCUUGGCAAAGGCAUGGGACAUAGACAUCAACAGUCACUCACCUGGCCUUGCUUGCCAGCAGACUGCAGAUGACCAUAAAUGACAUACCUGAGACACUGUGGCCUCUCUGUGGCAGGAACAGCAGGGAUAUUAGAGACUUGCUAGUGCCCUGACAUGAACAUCUCUGGCUCAGGACCAUAGGUAAGGCUGGGCACAGUGCUGGGCUCUGGGUCAUUGUGUCUAGCUCUGGGAAUUCAGCCUGAGUGGGAAGAGGCAAGGGAGACAUUGAGAAAGGAAGGUACACACCCAAGGCCAGGGCUGAGGCCCCUGGAAGCAUCAGGGAGGACCACCUUCAGAGCCCGUCAGAAAGUGUGAGCACUCCUCAGGGAGGACCACCUUCAGAACCCGUCAGAAAGUGUGAGCACUCCUCAGGGAGGACCACCUUCAGAGCCCGUCAGAAAGUGUGAGCACUGUGUGAAGAGAGGCUGUUGUUCUCCUUCACUGCCGUCUCCGACUGGAUCUACCAAAUGUUCCAGUGUGAACAUAGGGCCUGGGCUUGAGUUCCCCCAGGAACUUGUGUCCCCAGGAAGGUCCGUGGAAAGGUCACAUUGGUGGAGGCCCCUCCCUCAAAGGCAGCCCCAAGUGCCUGUGACUCUGUCCAGCUGUUGACAAAACCCUGCCACUCACUCUUCUGCUUCCAACACUAACUGAACCUGGGCCUCUGGUCCUUGUGGGUCCACAGGGUUUCCACAGUGUCAUGGGAGGUUCCAGGAGCAGCCAGGGCUGUAGCAGACCCUUAGGACAAAAUCAGCGUGGAGGAGGAUGCAGGAGGAAAACUGACCGACAGUGCAAGUGGGUACCAGUCAGUCACCCACAUCUGGUGCAUCCGGAGGCUGGCGGGGCCAUUCGGUGAUGGAUUCUUUUAUAGCCUUUAACUGUCCAGCCUAGAACACCUCCUGGCUUUUGACAUGUGAGCCACGCAAGAGGGCAGUCUUGGGAGGUCACGGUUGCUUGCUGUCAUCAGUACCCUCACUGCCAUAAGAGAACCCAAUCCUUAGGCCAGAUGUCACUCCACCUCACUUUGUGACUUCCUAGAAAGUAGAUCUGGAGUCCGGAGGGAAGACUGAAGGAUGGGACAUGGUGUGGUUAGUGUCUCUUACAUCUAUGCCGGCCUUCUCCAUUUCCCCUCCUGCCUCAUAAUGGUUUGAUAUUUUGCUAGCUGCCCCUCUGGGGGAUGGUCACAGUUACAGUCUACUUAUUUGGGAAUUUUAAUAAAUCCAUUUCAUCUUUG